ACUGCAGAAGCAGGUGUUUCCACGGCAGGUUCACUGUUUCUGCUCCUGAGAUCCAGUGAGUCCAGAUCUUCUCCUGGACGUUCUGAAGACGCCUGAGUCUGUCCAUCCAGACGAGGACAUGAGCCGCACGUGUGAGCUGAGCCACUGAGCAGAUGUCAGGUGACCUCCUGGCCCUGCCUCAGGUGACCACGCCGCUCCUGACCACACCCACCGGGAGCACACACGUGAACAGCUCAGAGAGGGCGGGGCCUGAUCAUGGGUGGGUGGUGCCUGAGUUCACAGUGGCGGCGCAGUGUCGUGUGGUGGCCACACUGGUGCUGUGUGUGUUUGCUGGUCUCAGCAACAUGUGUGUGCUGGUGAGCGUGUGGCGCACACGCGGCCUGGCCUCUCACCUGCGCCCCCUGCUGCUCAGCCUGGCCGUGGCCCACCUCAUGGGGGCGCUGUUGGUCAUGCCCAUGGAUGCGGCGUGGAACAUCACGGUGCAGUGGAGAGGGGGCGCUGUCCUGUGCAAACUGCUGUGUUUCCUGAAGCUGCUGUGCAUGCACGCGUCUGCGCACGUGGUCAUUGUCAUCAGUCUGGACCGGCAGCACGCCAUCCUGCGCCCUCUGCACGCGCUCAGUGCGCACCAACGCAACCGCCGCAUGCUCGCCGCCGCCUGGGCGCUCAGCGUGGUGCUGGCCACACCACAGCUCUUUCUCUUCCGGCUGAGUAAGGCGGUGGACGUGGACUUCACACAAUGUGCCACUCACGGCAGCUUCUCGCGCCGCUGGCAGGAAACGCUCUACAACAUGUUCCACUUCAGCACGCUCUACGUCUGCCCCCUGGUGGUCAUGGUGUGGUGCUACAGCUGCAUCCUCCUGCACAUCCAGCGCCAGGCAACCGUCCACAAAGCUGGAGAAUGGAGCUUGCGUCGCUCGGGCACAGACAUGAUCCCUAAAGCGAGGAUGAAGACGGUGAAGAUGAGCGUGGUGAUCGUGCUGUCCUUUGUCCUCUGCUGGACCCCAUACUAUCUGCUGGGCGUGUGGUACUGGUUCCAGCCCUCCGUCCUGGACUACACCCCGGAGUACAUCCACCACAGCCUCUUCGUCUUCGGGAACCUCAACUCCUGCCUGGACCCGCUCAUCUACGGCUUCUACUCCCCGUCCUUCAGGGCUGGACUGAGGCAGUGCUGCAGGGGCAAGCGCCACGCGGCCAGCCCCAGGAGCCUGAACCAGAGCCCGGUGAAUACCAAAGAGGUCCAGAGAGAGGAGCAGGAGAUGGACAGUAUGAGCCCGGAGCAGGGAGAUCUGGAGUGAGGGACAACACGAGGCAGAUGUUUUCUUCUACCUGCUGUAACGUCCCACUCUUAGCACAAACUUAUUUUGUGUUAAAGCUGGGGUUCACGAGUUUUGCUGCUAAACUGUGUAAAGAGAAUUUAUAUUGACCAGAAUAAAUUAAAAUCACAGGGCCUUACAUUUCAACGAAGUUAAGUCGCUGCUUUGUGGUCUAAGAGCGUGCUGCAAAUGGCUACAACAUUUCAACGGCACUUGGCUGCAGGCUGUCAGACCAAUCAAACAGUCCAACAAAGGUCCAGAUCCCACCGCUCCUCCCCCUCACUCUCCCCUUUAGUCCUCCCAGCCCUGCCCCUCCACCUCCCCAUUAAACCUGUUAGUCCUCCAGACCCACCCUCCACUCCUUCUUUUAGUUUAGUCCCACUUUAAAACUCAUCCGUUGUGUUGUAUACUCUGGGUUCAUUUAAAUUCUUCAUCUUUUAGAUGCAGACAGUAAACAUCCAUUUUCACUUUUCAUUAUAAGAAAGUAGUUACCCCAGCUUUAAUGCAGAAUCACCAAUCACUGUAUCUGGAAAUAAUGUAAAAAAAACACCCCACAAUAUUCUCUUGUAUAUUAUUUUGACUGUGAAAUCUGUGGCUGUCAAGAAUGCUUUCCCUUUAACAAUAUGAGAUAUACUUAAAGGUAUUUGUACAAAGUGGUACUGUGCACUCAGAGCAUGACAUUAUUAUUGACCUGAGACUUUAGUUUGUUCCUGUUAAGGCUAUGCACAUGUACACAUGUAUGUACACAUGUAUGUACACAUGUAUGUACACAUGUAUGUACACAUGUAUGUACAACUAUGUACACAUGUUUGUACACUUCUAUGUACACAUGAAUGUACACAAGUACACUUGUAUGUACACAUGUACAUGUAUGUACACUUGUAUGUACAUGUACAGUAUGUACACAUGUAUGUACACAUGUAUGUACACAUGUAUGUAUUGUGUGAUUCAGUUGUCCUAUGUGUACACUAUGUGAAUGUACCGCCUCGUCUGCACAGUCUGUGGCUCUGACGUCGUCCCAAUGAUCCAACUGAAUAAACCCACUGUGAAAUG